AUGAGUCUAACACCGUUACGGAAAGCUUCGUCUUCUAGAUUGGUUAAACAAUUUUCUGAAACUAACGUUCUUUCAACUAACGGCGAUGAGAUUUUGGAUAGAGGAGAACUUGCCAAACUUGAAAAUCGAUUUGUUUUUGAAUGUGCUUGGGAAGUUGUUAAUAAAGUUGGUGGAAUUUACACUGUCCUUCGAACAAAAGCGCCAAUUAGCACUGAUGAACUGGGGGAUCAAUAUUACAUGAUGGUUAGUUUUUAAAUUAUUUUUUUUCAAUUUUUUAAAGUAGCAUAAAUGCUUUGAGUCAAAAUUUUGCGGACAAAAAAUUUUUUGCGGACGCUUCUUGCAGAUUUUUUAAAUUUAGUUCAAGAUUUGUUAUUUUUGGCAGUUCCUUUAUGCUUCGAAUCGUUUUUUAUUUGUAUUUUUCGCUCAAAAUUAAAUUAUUUCUGGACUCGUUCGCAAGUACUGUCCGCAAAAAUAUUUU